AUGUCUACCCCAAACCCUCUAGUCCUAGAACCCGCGACAGUCGAAGACCUCCCGGCCAUUACAGACCUAUGGUUCACCGCGUUCAACGACCCGGGCAUGCGCCGUCUAUUCCCCGACACACCAGGGACACGCGAAUGGUUCACUGAAGCCAACCGCACCGACAUGCUCACAAAGCCGUUCCAAAAAUACAUCAAGAUCAUCGACCCCAGCACUACUGACACGCAAGGGAAGGCGCGGAUAGUCGCAUAUGCGAAAUGGGACCUGGCCAUGCCCGACGAGCGCGGGGAUCGGUUCCCGCCUUGGCACGGGGACAUGCCUGGGCAGGUUUGCGAUACUUUCUUUGGGGGGCUGGAGAGCGAGCGCAGGCGGGUGAUGGGUGAUCGGAAGCAUUACUACCUUGAUAUGCUCGGUACGCAUCCCGACUACCGUCGUCGCGGGGCUGGCGCUAUGCUGGUUCUAUGGGGCUGUGAGAUUGCGGAUCGGGAAGGCGUGGCGGCGUACAUCGAUGCUAGUAAGGCUGGUGUUCCGCUGUAUGCGAAACAUGGGUUUGUGGAUCGCAGUGACCCCGCUAGUCCCGGUGAGGUGGUUGCGAUGGCUCGAGGAUAG